GGCGGGCGGUGCUGGGACCGGGACAGGGACGGGGACAGGGACGGGGACGGGGACCGGGACAGGGACCGGGACCGGGCCGCUCCUGCCGAGGCAGAGGGUCCCGCCGCUCCUCGCCAUGCUGCCGGCGCGCCUCCGCCCGGGGCGGCUCCUGUCCGCCGGGCCGCUCCGCCUGCCCGCCCCGCGGGGAGCCGGCGGGGAGCCCCCCCGGAGCCCGGGCACCCCCCGCGCUGAGCAGCCUCACAAGGUGGUUGCAAGUUACAAACCUUCGAAGUUUGACAAAAAAAUCCUCCUCUGGACUGGACGUUUCAAGACCGAAGAAGAAAUUCCUCCCAGGAUCCCGCCAGAGAUGCUGGACAGGGCAAGAAACAAAGCUCGAGUCAAAGCUUGUUACAUCAUGAUCGGCCUCUCCGUUGUUGCCUGCUUUGCAGUGAUCGCCUCCGCCAAGAAGGCUGCUGCGCGUCACGAGUCCUUGACGAGCUGGAACUUGGCAAAGAAGGCCCGGUGGCGGAGAGAGGCCGCGCUAGCGGCCGAGUCCAAGGCAAAGUAACUUCACACGAAACGCCGCACGUCCUUGUAGGAGCAAAAUUAAGUGUUGCCGAGAGCGAUGAGUGAAUUUCACUGAUAAAUGGGUAACUGUAGCGUUGCUGAGACUGGAGCCAACAAGGGUAGUCACAUGGCCAUGGAAAGAAGUGGAGGGUCUCUUUUGUUAGAGGGAUACCGAAUGUACUUGUUGCAUAUAAUUAAAUUUAGUUAGAAUGUUUUGCACAUGAUUAAAAGCAGUAAUUACUUUCAGAGGAGAUGAGGUAGUUUCCUAAGAAUGCCAGGUAUGGGGGGAGCCAAGUUUCCACUACCUUGAAACUUUCCUUUCAGGCUUGAUCUUGAGCUGUUACACAGAAGUUCCUUACGGAAAAACUAGUUGAAUUUUUCAAUGAAAGGUGAAAUACAGCAAAGACCAGGCAGUAGUGAAGUCAAAGGAUGAAAACUGCAAAAAUACAUUAUACAAUUCACUUUUAUGCUUCUACAUAAAGGACAAGCUGUACUCCGCCUGAAUAUUAGGACAAUGAGAAGGUUUGGAGAAGUGAGAGGAGGGGAAACGGCCUGAUAAUCCCACAAAUUCUCAAGUGCUUGUAAGCUUCAUGGGAAUUCCGAAAGUGAUCAGUUCUGCAGGCAAAGACAGGACUGCGAUGAUUACCCUACAAGUAUAUGUUCGGUUAGGUAUUUACAAAACAUAUUUAAACCCCCAAAGUCUUCUGUAUGGUGCCAG